GCAGCCAACACAUUGAUGACGCGCCUGGGCUUCCUGUUGGGAGACGAAACUAGUGAGGGGCCAGACGGAGAACAUUACAGCAUGGACGAACCAGACGACAGACAGGACCUGGCUGGUAACCAGAGGAUCAGUCCGUGCUCCACCCUGACCAGCAGCACAGCAUCCCCCCCGGCUGGCUCCCCCUGCUCCACCCUGCCGCCCGGCGCCGAUGGUGCCAUGCCCGGGGGUAACCAGGGCAACAAGGACCACGCCUACGGAUCUGUCACCAGCCCCACCUCCACCCUGGAGAGCCGGGACAGCGGCAUCAUCGCCACCCUGACCAGCUACUCGGAGAACGCUGAGCGGGGGGGUAAAUACGGUGAGGGGGGUUUCUCGCGUGGCAGUAACCUGAAGCUGUGGCAGAGCCAGAAGUCUGGCACUGACUCAUUCCUGUACCGUGUGGAUGAGAACAUGGCUGCCUCAACCUACAGCCUCAACAAGAUCCCAGAGAGACACCUGGACAGCAUGUCCUCCCACUCCGCUCACUCCAUCCCUCUGUACCUCAUGCCUCGCCCUAACUCCGUCGCAGCCACCAGCUCGGCUCACCUGGAGGACCUGACCUACCUGGAUGAUCAGAGACACACUCCGCUGCGCACGUCGAUGCGUAUGAAUCGACAGAACACACACACCGGGCCAGGCCACGCCCAGACCGACCUCAGAGUGCGGUUUGCCCCAUACCGGCCACCUGACAUCUCCCUGAAGCCCCUCCUCUUCGAGGUGCCCAGCAUCACCAUGGACUCCGUCUUCACCGGCCGUGAUUGGCUGUUCCAGGAGGUCGAUGCCCAUCUCAACAGAGGCAACAACAUCACCAACCUUGGCGUAGUUGUCGUGGGCAACAUUGGCUACGGCAAGACAGCCAUCAUCUCUCGUCUGGUGGCGCUGAGCUGCCACGGAACGCGCAUGAGACAGAUCGCCUCUGACUCUCCGCAGGCCUCUCCCAAACAUGGAGAGCUCCCCCUUACUCAGCCCCAGCCGGCCUAUAGCACGGGUACUCUGGGAGGGGGCAGCUGUCCCGGGACCCCUGAGAUGAGACGACGCCAGGAGGAGGCCAUGAUGAGACUGGCAUCUCAGGUGGUGGCGUACCACUACUGCCAGGCGGACAACGCCUACACGUGCCUGGUGCCAGAGUUUGUCCACAACGUGGCAGCGUUGUUGUGUCGCUCGCCACAGCUCAUCGCCUACAGAGAGCUGCUGCUCAGGGAGCCACAGCUACAGAGCAUGCUCAGUCUGCGCUCCUGCGUUCAGGAUCCCCUGGCCUCCUUCAGAAGAGGAGUUCUAGAACCCCUGGAUGCCCUCUACAAAGAGAGGAAGAUCGCCUCUGAAGAUGACCUGGUCAUCCUGAUAGAUGGGCUAAAUGAGGCAGAGUUCCACAAGCCUGACUACGGAGACACCAUCGUCUCAUUCCUCAGCAAAACCAUCAGCAAGUUUCCCCCCUGGCUCAAACUGGUGGUCACUGUUAGGACCACAUUACAGGAGAUCACCAAGCUGCUCCCAUUCCACCAUAUCUCUCUGGAUGGUCUGGAGGAAAAUGAUGCUAUAGACCAGGAUUUACAGGGUUAUAUCCUGCACCGCAUCCACAGCAGUCCUGAGAUACAGAGCAACAUCUCUCUAAACGGCAAGAUGGACAACACCACCUUCGGCAAGCUCUCCGCCCACCUCAAGGCCCUCAGCCAGGGAUCCUACCUGUACCUAAAACUCACCUUUGACCUUAUAGAGAAGGGGUACCUGGUCCUCAAGAGCUCCAGCUACAAGGUGGUGCCCGUCAACCUGGCCGAGGUGUACCUGCUGCAGUGCAACAUGCGUUUCCCUACCCAGUCGUCCUUCGAACGGGCCCUCCCCCUACUCAACGUGGCCGUGGCAUCCCUCCACCCCCUCACUGACGAACAGAUCUACCAGGCUAUCAAUGCCGGCUCCCUGCAGGGUACGCUGGACUGGGAGGACUUCACACAGCGCGUAGACAACCUAGCCAUGUUCCUGGUCAAGAGGAGGGACGGGACCAGGAUGUUUGUUCACCCGUCCUUCAGGGAGUGGCUGAUCUGGAGGGAGGAGGGGGAGAAAACCAAGUUCCUGUGUGACCCCAGGAGUGGCCACACCCUGCUAGCCUUCUGGUUCUCUCGCCAGGAGACCAAGCUGAACCGACAGCAGACCAUUGAACUGGGACACCACAUCCUCAAAGCACACAUCUUCAAGGGCCUAAGCAAGAAGGUUGGGGUUUCCUCGUCCAUCCUCCAGGGGCUGUGGGUUUCCUACAGCACAGAGGGCCUGUCCACUGCUCUGUCCUCACUCAGAAACCUGUACACUCCUAACAUCAAGGUGAGCCGGUUGCUGAUGCUCGGGGGUGCCAACGUGAACUACCGUACAGAGGUUUUGAACAACGCCCCGGUGCUGUGUGUGCAUGCCCACCUGGGUUACAUUGACAUGGUGGGGCUGCUGUUGGAAUACGGAGCCUCUGUAGACCAGCCCUCAGAGAGCGGUCUCACCCCACUGGGCUACGCUGCCUCUGGGGGACACAUGGCUAUAGUUAACACACUGUGUCGCAGGAGAGCCAAGGUGGACCACCUGGAUAAGAAUGGUCAGUGUGCCGUGGUGCAUGCAGCUCUCAGGGGCCACAUGGAGAUGGUCAAGUUCCUUAUCCAGUGGGACUGGGCCAUGGGACAACCACAACAGCAGCAGCAAGGAGCCUUCAGCAAGAGCCACGCCAUCCAGCAAGCCCUCAUCGCUGCAGCUAGCAUGGGAUACACAGAGAUUGUGUCCUACCUGCUGGACCUGCCAGAGAAGGAUGAGGAGGAGGUGGAACGUGCUCAGAUUAACAACUUCGACACCCUGUGGGGAGAGACAGCUCUGACGGCAGCGGCUGGCCGUGGGAAGCUAGACGUCUGCAGACUACUGCUGGAGCAGGGAGCAGCGGUGGCUCAACCCAACAGACGAGGCAUCGUGCCCCUGUUCAGUGCUGUCCGACAGGGAAACUGGCAGAUCGUGGACCUGCUCCUUACUCACGGAGCAGACGUGAACCUGGCUGACAAGCAAAGCCGAACCCCUCUGAUGAUGGCUGCCUCAGAGGGUCACCUGGGCACUGUGGAGUUCCUACUGGCACAGGGUGCAUCCCUACCUCUAAUGGACAAGGAAGGGUUAACGGCUCUGAGCUGGGCAUGUCUGAAGGGACACCUGCCAGUGGUGCGCUGUCUGGUGGAGAGGGGGGCUGCUACGGACCACGCUGAUAAGAACGGACGCACGCCCCUCGACCUGGCUGCCUUCUACGGGGACUCAGAGGUGGUCCAGUUUCUAGUGGACCAGGGGGCGAUGAUAGAGCAUGUGGACUACAGUGGGAUGCGUCCUCUGGACCGGGCCGUGGGCUGCAGGAACACCUCCGUGGUGGUUGCCCUGCUCAAGAAGGGAGCCAAGAUAGGUCCAGCCACAUGGGCCAUGGCUACCUCCAAACCCGACAUCAUGAUCAUCCUACUGAGCAAGCUGAUUGAGGAGGGAGACAGCUUCUAUAAAAAAGGGAAAGUGAAGGAGGCAGCACAGCGGUAUCAGUACGCCCUCAAAAAGUUCCCCCGUGAAGGCUUCAGUGAGGACCUCAAGACUUUCAGGGAGCUCAAAGUGUCCAUCUUCCUCAAUCUGUCCCGAUGUCGGAGAAAAAUGAACGACUUUGGGAUGGCUGAGGAGUUUGCUACAAAGGCGCUUGAAUUGAAACCAAAAUCAUACGAAGCAUACUAUGCCAGAGCACGUGCCAAGCGUAGUAGCAGACAGUUCCCUGAGGCCUUGGAGGACCUGAAUGAAGCCAUGAAGCAGAGCCCCAACCACUGUGAGAUCCAGCGCCUCCUGCAGCGAGUAGAGGAGGAGUGUCGACAGCUCACCCAGGAGGAGGAGGAUGCACAGAAGCUGGAGCCUCCCCCAUCUCCUCCCCCAUCGCCUCCCCCAGAGGAGGGAGAGGAGGAGGAGAUGUCCCUGUCCUCCCUCCCCCUCCCCCUGGAGCUCCCCCCUCCCCCGGAGCCUCGGCUGGAGGACAUGGAGCCGGUCCAGGAUCUGUUUGAGGACGAGGACUAUCUGGAGCAGGAGCUGGAGGCCAUGUCUAUGGGGAGUAUGGGUUCUAUGGGUCUGGCCCUCGAGAGGGAGCCCCGCUCCAACCCCUCCAGUCUGCCUAUCAUCCAGAGCCCACCUCUCUCUCCGACGAACCACCAGCACCCCUACCAUCACCAGGACCAGACCUACCUGUCAGGGGGCUCCCCCAUGGGCCAGGCUUACGACUAUGGCCACCCCAGCCCCACCUCCAUGUCCUCCCCUGGCAGCCAGAACUACCAGCCACCGUCGCCCCCCUCCCUCUCCCCCACGCACCACAACUCCCACUAUCGACACAGCCCUCCGCAGACCUCCCCGGUCCACCAGACCACCUACCACUUCAGCCCCCCGCCCAUGGGAGGCAAUGGAGGAGUGGGGCAGGGGAUGGACCACGGAUACCAGAGCCCCCCGCUCUCCCCCCUGCGUCGGGGUGGGGUACAGAGCCAGUACAGAGCCAGCCCCCCGGUGGAGAGUGUGUGUCUGUACAGGUCCCAGUCAGGCUCUCCAGUGCGCUACCAGCAGGAGCAGCCUCCCCUGUCCAAGAUGAGCAGCCAGAGGUCCUUCCAGCUGAGCUCACAGCCCUCCCUGCACCACCAGGGCCUGCGUCUCCAGCCCUCCAUGGCCCAGAUUGUUCGCACCAACCAGCCCAGCAACGCAUACGGCCAGAUGGGCCACCCCAUGCGCUACCAGGGGGGCUCCAUGGACGUGCCGAUGGAGAGCCAGAGCCGGUUGAUGUACCAGCCCUCCCUGGAUGGUCGCUCCAUGCCCCAGUCCAGCCUCUCAGCUGGGGCCCUCUGUCAGCAUGGGGGCCGAGGAGGGGUCAUAGAGGGCCUGAUGAAGGACGAGCUAACCCAGCGCCCCUCCUCUGCCUACCGUGGGGGUGUCCGCUAUAGCCAGACUCCCCAGAUUAUCCGCAGCCAGUCGGCCGCCUACUACCCUGUCGCCAAGCAUGAGCUGGAGCGUCAGAACAGUGCCAUGCCUCAGUGCCAGCUGGGAUCGCCAGAGAUCGGCCACAUGGUGAGGCGGCCCAUCAGUGCCACUACCCCGGAGAUCAAACCGCACAUGUCCACUCCGCGGCCCCUCAUCCACUCCCAGAGCGUGGGCCUCCGCUUCUCCCCGUCCAGCAACAACAUCUCCACGGGGGGCUCCAGCUGUAAUCUAGCCCCAGGCUUCAGGCCUUCCUCUUCCAUCCAGGGGAUGGAGAUCCCGCUGCAGGUGGCCUACGAGGGCUACGAGGGGUACGAGCACUCCUGUAACGAUGACAUCUCCCCAAUCUCGCCGGCCCAGGGAGGUGGUGGGGGGCUUUACCAGGGCGAGGGCACCCGCUCACGGACCACGCCCUUCAUGGGUAUCAUAGACAAGACAGCGCGGACUCACCAGACUCAGUACCUGCAGCAGCCCUCGUCCCAGCGGCCCUGGGCCAUGACCUCCAUGGACUCUGGCAUCAGCCCCACGUCGCCUGGCCAGCUGAUCCAGCAGGGCUCGUCCUACAGCCCCCCGACCUCGCUGGGGAAUAUCGCCUACUACAACAAGACUAACAACGCCCAGAACGGACAACUCCUGGAGGAGGACUACUACCCCCAGCAGCAGCAGUCCUCCCUGGGCAAGCUGGCCAACGGUGGCUCCCGGGGCGGAGGAGGGGACAUCCUGGAGAGGGUGAGCCAGGUGCCCACCUAUCCAGACGUGAAAGUGGCCAGGACUCUGCCCGUAGCUCAGGCCUACCAGGACAACAUGUACCGACAGCUCUCCCGUGAUAUCUCCCGUGACUCUAGGCAGGGCCCCACCUCCCCCAUCAAACCAAAGAGACCUUUUGUGGAGUCGAAUGUGUGAAUGUCCAGUCCACGGCCGAA